AUGCAGUGCUCACCGUGCAGGUUCCGUACCUACCAGUGGUGCUUCGUCCUCUUCAACGUGGUGCUCUUCCAUGCCUUGUUGUUCGGAGCGGAUUUUGUGGAGGAGUACCUCCUGCAGCCUACGCCUGGGGUCUACACCGAUGCCGCGGUCGUCAGCGUAAGGGAGAGAGCGAGGAAAUUAGAUCUGAGCAACCUCAAGGAGAACGUGUCUCAGGGUUACCCCCUGACCAACCCUGAAGCCUGCAGAAACUCGGACCUCUUCCUCCUCGUCUUAGUCUUCAGCUCUCCCAGAGACGGGCCCCAAAGGGACGCCGUCAGAAAGACCUGGGCCAACCAAACGCUCAUCCAGGGCUUCCCAGUACGAGUUCUGUUCUUCAUGGGAUCCAGUCAGACUCCCGGUACUCAGGAGAUGCUCUUGAGGGAGUCGGACCGCAGCGGGGACAUCGUCCAGGGCCACGCCGCAGCCGACCCGGCCCCUCACGGCUCCAAAGAGAGGACCGUCCUGGCUCUCCGAUGGGUGAUCACCUUCUGCCCCCUGGCACGGUUUGUCCUGCUGACCGAGGACACUGUGUUUGUCAACCUUCCCGCCAUCGGGGGCUACCUGCUCGGUCUGCACAGGCACCCUGAGGACCUCUAUCUGGGCAGGGUGAUCCAGAGAGACUCCCCGGAUCGGGACCCCAGCAGUCCCGGCUACCUGCCCCCGUCUCUUUACCCUGAAAAGUACCUGCCUGAAUACUGCGACGGGACGGCCUACGUUCUGUCUCAGGAUGUGGUUCGAAAGAUCUACGUGGCGUCCGCGGCGGUCCGUGCACCUGUGCCGGCCGACGUUUUCGUGGGUUUUUGUGCUCAGAGGGCCGGCGUUGCUCCGACGCACAGCGCCAGAUUCUCGGGAGAGAAACACAUCCAGUUCAACCCGUGCUGCUACCGUUACCUAUUCACAUCAGCUGGAAUCAGACGCCGCGACAUGGAACAAGUGUGGUGGGAGCUGGAGGUGAGGGGCAAACGAUGCUCGCUGCUGCAAACCUACUACGGCCUGGUGACCUGCAAGACCCUCACAUACCUGGAGAAAAUGUCGUUACUUCCAAACUUCGAGGGGAAAACGGAACCAAACGGCUAA